ACUGUUGAAAAUACAUGGUUGGCGGCAUCCGGUUUCGGAUUUGCCUGUCACUGUGGCAAGCCACAGGACGCCUGCACCUACACAGGGACCAUGGGUGGCUUGCGCUACACCACCCACAGCUCCAACCACACACCCCAUAUCCAGUGUAAACCCGAAGGAAUAAGACCGGGAGGCAUGUGGAUGGGAACCACGUUUCAUCAACGGAGCCGGCCCACACUCCUUCACAGGCAAACACAAGCACACUGUAUUUGGGGAAUCAAGCGCACACAAGGCGGUGGCUGGACCGUAGUCCGCUCCACACUGAGU